AUGGACGAAGUUGGGUCAGAAGAAUGGAAGAAUCAUUGGUCGAAGCUACCCGGGGACGCAAACAGAACUUGGCUUGACGCCGAACUUGUUGAAAAGGGUAUCCAACAGGCUCAAGACCUCGGGAAGCUGUAUACGGAGGGCAUCUGGCGUGCGGGCUUUCCCGUCCCCGAUACUAUCUACACCAGCCCACUUGCUCGAGGUCUCAAGACAACAAGCCUCAUAUUCAGAGACAUCACCACGGAGCAAGGGACUGAUUUCAGGCCUAUAGUGAAGGAGAAUCUUCGAGAAAGACUUACAAAUCAUACAUGCGAUAAGCGAAGGACGAGACAGUGGAUUCAAUCCUCUUAUCCCGACUAUGAGUUGGAAUCAGGCUUUGCCGAGGAAGAUGUGUUAUGGCAAGCUGACCGAUCAGAGUCGAAUGAAGCACAUGUUGCCCGGACACAAGAACUACUUGAGGAUGUUUGGAGAUAUGGUUCUGGAUCCUGCAUUGCUUUGACGACUCACUCAUUCACCAUAUCUACCAUCCUAGAAGUCAUUGGAGCGCCUGAGUUUCGGAUGGGUGAAGGCGCUAUGGUGGCAUUCUUGGUCAAAGGCGAGAAACUCAACGCAGAAUGA